UAUAACUUUAACCCCAAAACAUAUAAAUACCCCUUAAACUGCUCUCUUGAUAAACUGAUAAAUACUUUUGUCUUUACAAAACCCCAUUUGGCUGUCACAUUCCCCCACCACCAAGGUUAUUGGGUCAAAGUCAGAUAACGAGGCUUUGACACCUUCGCGAACAAGCAAAUAGUUGCGAUAAGAUGAACCUCAGUCAAAUUGGCAAAAAAGGCAAACAUUAUUGCCGAGCUGUUGACUUACCACCGAUAAGUUCCAACGCUCCGCCAAUAUAAAGCUUCGACGCGGAAGUACUUCUCAGCCAGACAGUAAGAUGAUUUCAUUGAUACCAAUUGUGGCCACGGUACUGCUUUCGCCUUGGUUUGUUAGAGCCACGCCCUUUCCCGGCGAUGGCCGUAUUGUGGGUGGCGAGGUGACCACCAUUGAAGAGUUUCCCUACCAGGCUUCGGUGCAGCUGCAUGGCCAACACAUCUGCGGGGGAGCCAUCAUAGGGCACCACUUUGUGCUGACGGCGGCCCAUUGCUUCGAGGAUCCCUACAACCCCGAGGAUUACACCGUCCGAGUGGCUUCCAGCGAGCAUGCAAGUGGCGGCCACCUACUCAGCCUGCGGCAGGUGAUCACCCACGGCGGCUAUAAUCCGCAGAGCCACGACAAUGACCUGGCGCUGCUCAUCCUGAAUGCCAGGCUCAAUUUCACUGAACACCUGCAGCCGGUGCCGCUGGCCACAGAGAUGGAGCCACCGACUCCGGCCACCCGGCUUCUGGUCAGCGGCUGGGGCUUCCAGGGGGAGGAGGGCGGGGACAACGAGGUGUCGGGCGUGUCCCCUCAACUGCGUUUCGUCGAGGUGGACCUGGUGGAGGCACAGCAAUGCCGGCAUGCCUACCGUCGGGUGCUACCCAUAACCCAGCGGAUGAUCUGCGCUGCGCGUCCCGGCCAUGACAGUUGCCAGGGAGAUUCCGGCGGACCGCUGGUGGGAUAUCCAUUGGAAGAAGGAGAGGAAGCCACAGGAGAAGGAGCAGGAGGUCGAGGCAAGCUGUAUGGUAUUGUGUCCUGGGGCCUGGGCUGCGCCAAUCCCAAUUAUCCGGGCGUUUACACAAAUGUAGGAGCCUUUCGCAAUUGGAUCAAUGCACAUAUUGGCGCCUGGGGUUGGAGUGGUCUCCUGGAGGGAUGGAGCGGCCUGCAGUAACUUAUAUUACAAGUGUAUAUAGUACUUUAAAUCGAAUUCAGACAUAAAAUAUUAUAUAA